GAGGCGGAUAGACCUCCUUCGCCUUCCGCCCAGCGACGCGCACGCGCUUGAGGUGAGCACUGGGCUCGGCGCAGCGGAUGUGCCAACAUGGGAACACCACAAAAAGAUGUCGUUAUAAAAAAUGAUGCACCAGCUACGUUGUUCUUAGAGAAACAUGCAGACUACAUAGCUGCUUAUGGAACCAAGAAAGAUGAUUAUGAAUACUGCAUGUCAGAAUAUUUAAGAAUGAGUGGUGUCUAUUGGGGACUGACAGUAAUGGAUCUUAUGGGACAGCUGCAUCGGAUGAGCAAAGAAGAAAUUCUGGCAUUUAUUAAAUCAUGUCAACAUGAAUGUGGAGGAAUAAGUGCCAGUAUAGGUCAUGAUCCUCACCUAUUAUAUACACUUAGUGCUAUCCAGAUUCUAUCUCUGUAUGACAGUCUUCAGGUUGUUGAUGUAAAAAAAAUUGUUGAUUAUGUAAAGAAUCUACAAAAGGAGGAUGGGUCAUUUGCUGGAGACAGAUGGGGAGAAAUUGAUACAAGAUUUUCCUUUUGUGCGGUAGCAACACUAGCCCUUCUGGGAAGACUGGAUGCAAUUGAUGUGGACAAAGCAGUAGAAUUUGUGUUGUCCUGUAUGAACUUUGAUGGAGGAUUUGGUUGUAGACCAGGAUCUGAAUCUCAUGCAGGACAGAUCUAUUGUUGCACAGGAUUUCUUGCCAUAACUGGCCAAUUACACCAAAUAAACGCUGACUUGUUAGGCUGGUGGCUAUGUGAACGUCAGUUGCCAUCUGGUGGCUUGAAUGGAAGGCCAGAAAAGUUACCAGAUGUAUGCUAUUCAUGGUGGGUGUUGGCAUCCUUGAAGAUAAUUGGCAGAUUGCGUUGGAUUGAUAGAGAGAAGUUACGCAGCUUUAUCUUGGCUUGCCAGGAUGAAGAGACUGGAGGAUUUGCUGACAGGCCAGGAGAUAUGGUGGAUCCAUUUCAUACCUUGUUUGGAAUUGCUGGACUAUCGUUAUUGGGAGAAGAACAAAUUAAGCCUGUAAAUCCUGUGUUUUGUAUGCCUGAAGAAGUCCUUCAAAAAAUAAAUGUACAGCCAGAGCUUGUGAGCUAGGUUCUCAUGUGUAUAACAUUGUCAUACUCUGUUGCUUUGAAUUUUUCCGUCAAGAGACAUUUCUAAAUGUGUUUACAUGAUAAAUUACCACUUUUCUGUAAGCACUGUCAUUUUGUAUGUGGACUGUAUCCAAAGUAAAUAAACUGAGUGUUACAUGUGCUUGAGGUUUUCAGUAACAUAUGUACAUACACAUUUAAAUUGUCUUCAUAUAUGUUUGCCUCUGGGCUCUGUUCCACUCAUGUUAUUUCAAAAUAACAUACUGUAUUAGGCACAGUAGAUAAAUACUUGAAUUGUGUGAUAUUUGACACAAUCAUUCACUCAUCUUGGUGACAGUCAGCAUGUACUGGACAGUGAAUUGUCCUGAGCACUGUUUCUAUGGAGAAAAAAUUACUUGCUUAUGCCAGUGACACUUUAUGCACUUGAGUUCCUGUUUAGGAUCUGCUAUAGUUUUUUAUCCAAUUUGAAUCACAUUUUCUUGUACUACAUUAUAGUAGAAAUGUUAUGGUACUCAGGCAACUGCUUUCUAUGAGUGAUAUCCUUUAAUGAAGAUUAAUAAUGCAAUUAUAAUGUAAUUUGGUUUAAACUAACGGCCUUGCUGAAUUUUAGAAUUGAUUCAUUUGCCCUAAAGUAUUUAUUGUAACUGUGAUUUGAAUCCCAGUUUCAGUAGCUUUUAGAACAGUUAUAUAGAGUCAAGACUAAAGCUAUAGAAGAACAUUGUUUUCUGCAGGGUGAAAUAUCUGCUUCCACUGGAACUCUAGAAGUGCCUCCAUUUCACAUUUGUCACAAUUGUGCAUUUGUAUCUUGGCUGAAAUCUAAGUAUGAAAUGGGAUUCUGCUUGAAACAAAUUAAAGCUAAUUAUGAAGUAAA